GCGAGGCAUCACUCGCUCACUUGUUUAUAACACACGAAAGCACGCUCGCUUAACAGGUUAUGACCCAGGGACAUCGUGCGCACUAAGCACCUCCCUCACGCUUCCGAAACACUGCUGCCAAGCCAAUGGAUACGCCCAGCUCGCACACGCCGGGCUCCACCGCCGUCGCGCGAACGCGCACAAGACCGCCACCCGCCGCGGACAAGAAAUUCGAGACGAAAGAUAUUCUCUCGAGCUUCAAGAACGACGACAAAUUCUCGUUCGACGGGCCGUCCCGCCAUCAGGACGGCGACCUCUUCCUAGCGCGCUUCGAGGGCGCUCUCCGCACAUCCUGCGUCGACAGAGUGCGCGCCAUCUUCGAACCUCGCAACUCCGCGGACGACGUCUUUUCCGUCCCGGAAAAUAUCAACGCGAUAAUUUUUCACGCGUUAUUGACCCUAACUGACGGUCUCGCCGUACGUAUAGUACUGCGCUACACCGACGCGCGCACAGGCGGCGACGGCCUCGCGGCGCUCACCGCGCUCCGUCGCCUGAUCACGCGCGCGGCGGACAAGUCGUUACUGCCGUCUCUGCGGAAACAUGUGUACAGCAUCCCUGUUCCGGCGCCGCUUUCCUACCGCUCGCGCAGGUCGGGGCUUACGACGACUCUCAGCGGGUUCAGGAGCUCAUCGCGAAUCUACCGCUGGAGUACGCGCAUAUCGUGUCCAAUCCAGACUUCCCCGAUGUCGACACCCUCGGGGAGGCGAUCCAGAACCACUGGACGUCGUUCUACGAGCACAGGGUGA